GGUUGGUUUGCUGUGUCACCCUUAGUGGGGCCCGGCCCCUCUGAAGGCCCCUUUGGUGUGUCGUUAAGACUUAGAUAUCUCUGUGAGAUUCAGCUUGGCUGGGGAGGGGACACCCGGGAGAGAAAGGAGCCUGGGAGGCUGCGGGCUCUUCCCGCUCCAUCUCUCCUUUGGACUCAGGCCAGCUCUACCACCCCCUCCCACCGGGAGGCCUCCCUGUCCCCCAGGCGGCGUCUCUAGUAGGGAAAUGAGCUGCAGAUAAGUCCUGGAGAGGACAGAAGGCCUUAGGCACAUAUCCUGGGGGAGAAGCCUGGAGCAAGGCCCUGCAGGGAGGGCCACAUGGGCUGGGACCAAGACAGGUCGAGCACGGAGCUGCGGAAGGAGAAGUCGCGGGAUGCGGCGCGUAGCCGGCGCAGCCAGGAGACCGAGGUGCUGUACCAGCUGGCACACACGCUGCCCUUCGCGCGCGGGGUCAGCGCGCAUCUGGACAAGGCCUCCAUCAUGCGCCUCACCAUCAGCUACCUGCGCAUGCACCGCCUCUGCGCCGCAGGGGAGUGGAACCAGGUGGGAAAAGGGGGAGAGCCACUGGACGCCUGCUACCUGAAGGCCCUCGAGGGGUUCGUCAUGGUGCUCACCGCCGAAGGAGACAUGGUUUACCUGUCGGAAAAUGUCAGCAAGCACCUGGGCCUCAGUCAGCUGGAGCUCAUCGGACACAGUAUCUUUGACUUCAUCCAUCCCUGCGACCAAGAGGAACUCCAGGAUGCCCUGACCCCCAGGCCAAGCCUGUCCAAAAAGAAGCUGGAAGCCCCCACGGAACGCCACUUUUCCCUGCGCAUGAAGAGCACACUCACCAGCAGAGGGCGCACGCUCAACCUCAAAGCUGCCACCUGGAAGGUGCUGCACUGCUCAGGACACAUGAGGGCCUACAAGCCCCCUGCACAGACGUCCCCCGCCGGGAGCCCUCGCUCCGAGCCUCCCCUGCAAUGCCUGGUGCUUAUCUGUGAAGCCAUCCCCCACCCAGCCAGUCUGGAGCCCCCUCUGGGCCGGGGGGCCUUUCUCAGCCGCCACAGCCUGGACAUGAAGUUCACGUACUGUGACGAGAGGAUCGCAGAAGUCGCUGGCUACAGCCCUGACGACCUGAUUGGCUGUUCUGCCUACGAAUACAUCCACGCACUGGACUCCGAUGCAGUCAGCAGAAGCAUCCACACUUUGCUGAGCAAGGGCCAGGCAGUAACGGGGCAGUAUCGCUUCCUGGCCCGGACCGGAGGCUACCUGUGGACUCAGACCCAGGCUACAGUGGUGUCAGGGGGACGGGGCCCCCAGUCGGAAAGUAUCAUCUGUGUCCACUUCCUGAUCAGCCGGGUAGAAGAAACAGGCGUGGUGCUGUCCCUGGAACAAACAGAGCAACACACUCGCAGACCCCCUCAGCGGGGUACCUCCUCGCAGAAGGGCAUCCCUGGCAACGGUCUAGACCCACCUGCUCCCCGGAUCCUGGCCUUCCUGCACCCUCCGGCCCUGAGUGAGGCCUCCCUGGCUGCUGACCCUCGCCGUUUCUGUAGCCCAGACCUGCGCCGCCUCAUGGCACCCAUCCUGGAUGGGCCUCCCAUAGCCGCCACCGCCAGCACCCCACAGGCUACACGGAGACCCCAAAGUCCUCUUCCGGCUGAUCUCCCAGAUCAGGUGCUUGGUGGCUCAGAGAAUGCAUGCAGACUCUCCACUGCCCGGAAAAACAAGACUGUGGAGACAGAUCUAGAUAAAGCUCAGGACCCUGACACUCUGGACUUGGAGAUGCUGGCUCCCUACAUCUCCAUGGAUGAUGACUUCCAGCUCAACUCCUGCGAGCAAUUGCCCAGAACCCACCGCAGACCUCCCAGGGUGGCCCGCAGACCCCGGGCUCGGAGCUUCCAUGGCCUGUCGCCCCCCAUCCCAGAGCCCUCCCUGCUGCCCCGCUGGGGGAGUGAUCCACGACUGAACUGUUCCAGCCCCUCCAAGGGGAAUCCUCCCACAGCCUCCCUAAUGCCUGGAACUCGGAAGAGGGCCCUGGCCCAGAGCUCAGAGGACAAAGGGGUGGAGCUGCUGGAAACAAAGCCUGCCAAGCGGUCCCCCAGCCUAGAACCUGGAAGCUUCCUGCUGCCUCCCCUCAGCCUGAGUUUCCUUCUGCAAGGUCGACAAUUCCCAGGGAACCAGCCGGAUCCCAGAACCCCACUCUUGGAUUCCCGUGAGCCCGUGGGCCUAGCUCCCUCGCUGCUCUCUGUCUACCAGCAUGAGGAAACUAUCCAGCCCAGGAACCACGUCCCACCAGCAGCAGCACUGGCCCAGGCCCGCUGAGUCAGCCCUCCUCCCAGUCCCCUGCUUCCACCCCAGAAAGGACUCAUCCACACUCCACACCGGCAGCCCACACCCAGGAUGGGGCCUCUCUCCUCUGAGUGCCCUCCACAGCCCCCAGCCAGCCUCAGUCCUACCUCAGCCCCCCAGCCCUCUGCCUUCACCCAUUCAGGGGCUUCUUGGAGUGUUCGCAGCUCAGUUACCUCUGGGAGGGGGUGUGUGACACCCCCCCCUCCAUCUCCUCUCAGGACUUCUCUUGGGGUUCUCCAUAGCUGGUUAUCUCACUAUCUCUUUCUCUGACUCUCUUUGCUUUAUUUGGAAGAAUGAAGGGUUCUGAGAGUCAGGGGUCUGUCUCUGAUCCUGGCCCCGUGGAGUUUGGACAACCAUAAUCACAUUUUUGUUUGUUUGUUUUUGUGUUUUGUUUUGGUUUUCCGUCACCCUUCUAUCAGCUUUGCUUUGUCCUUUUCACAAUAAUGCAUUCAGGUACUCUGCAUUGCACAGAUCCCACAGCAAUGCGGGACUCUGAUCUUCCCCCUCCUCGGUGGCAAAGGUGGGGAGACUCUGGGUCAGACCUCACCCCCAGUGACUUGUGGAGUCUCAGCCCCCCAAACUGCCACCCAGCUCCGCCUGCCUUUCUGCUCCUGACUUCCUGCUGGCACCAAUCUUGCCUGAAUAAUGACUUCGUUUGUGAUCUUCCUAUUUUAGGGGUAGCCAGCAACUUCUUCCACUCAGCAGAGCCAUAAUCUCUGACCUUCCCUGGAUCUAAAAUACUUGACUCCUGCCUUCACUGUUUGUAGACUAUACAACCACCUCUGGCCUUCCCUAGUGUUAGGCUUUACCACUUUCCAUCUUCCCUGGUUCUAGACAGCAAGACUCAGGGCCAUCCUUGUAUCUAGACCAUGCAGCCCCUGGUCUUAGUUGGUUCUAGAAUGUAUGCCCUUGGGCCUUCCCUGGUUCUAGAUGCCUAGGUGCUCUCUGGUUCUAGAGUUUCCUACUUCCAGGUUCUAAAAUGUACAAUCCAUGGUUUUUCCCUGGCUCUUGGAUUCCAUACCCCUCAUCCUUUUCUGUUUCUAGACUGUGAGGCCUGUGGCCUUCCUUGGCUCUAGACUAUCGUACCAAUGGUAACCUCCUCUGGUUCUAGGCUUAUGACCUUCUGGCCUUCCCUUGUUCUAGACACUGUAGCCUCUGGCCACCAUGGUUCUAAACUGUGUUAUUUCUGCCGUCUUCCAUCCUAGACUAUGCAACCUCUGAUCUUCUCUCUUUCUAGUCUGUACAUUCUCUGGUCUUUUACCUGAUUCAAGACUGUACACUUUAUGACCAUACUGCUGUUCUAGAACAUGCCACUUUUCUGGCCUUUUCUCUGAUUCUAGAUUGUAGGCCCUCUGAUCUUCCAUAGUUCCAGAGCAGUGGUUCUCAACCUUCCUAAUGCUGCAGCCCUUUAACACAGUUCCUCACGUUGUGGUGCCCCCCCAACCAUAAAAUUAUUUCAUUGCUACUUCAUAACUGUAAUUUUACUACUGUUAUGAAUCAUGUAAAUAUCUGUUAGGCAGGAUAUCUGAUAUGCAACUCCCAAAGGGGUUGAAACCCACAGGUUGAGAACCGCUGUUCUAGACUAUACAACCUGUGACUGUCUUUGGUUCUAGGCUAUGCUACCUCUGGUCUUCAUUGGUUCCAAACUAUGUGACCGCUAGCCUUCUCUGUCAUUCCCUGGUCCUAGACUGUCCUAUCAUUGACAUCCCUCUGGCUCUAGACUGCAUCACCUCCAACAUGGUCUGCUACAGACCUCAGUUUCUUCAAACCCUUCUAGUUCCAGAUCUUGGAGUCUUCAGCUCUUUCUUGGGCUGGCUCUCACAGCCCCCAAUUCUGUCUGUUUUCAAACCUCACAGUGUUUUAAAGUGUGGUUUGAGUUACAUAAUCUGUAAGGCUCUCUGGGUCUAGAGCCUACAACUACCAGAAUCUCCUCCUGUAGUUGCCUCUGGCUCUAGACAUCUUCUUAAAAAUCCCUCUGGUUCCCAUUCCCUCUGCUCCCUGUCAUUGCAGACUGUUUGUGUGUGGUAUUGAGGAUUAAAUCCAGGACUUUCCACCUGCUAAACAAGCACUCUACCACUGAGCUAUAUCCUCAUUUUAUUUUUUGUUUUAUUUUGAGACAGGAUCUUGAUCGAUUGCUGAGACUAACCUUGUAUUUAUUCAGUAAACCUAGGCAGGUCUUGAGCUCAUGAUCCUCCUGCCUUAGCCUCCCAAGUAGCUGGGAAUUUCAGGCCUUUGAAACUGAGCCUAUUUGAUCUUAUAACUGACAGUUCCUUCUUGUUUCUGGAUCUCACAACUCCAAGCUUCCUGCUGGUUCCAGUCUUUCUGAUCCAUAAGAUAUUUGGUUUCAAAUCCAGAUCUUAUUUCUAGAUCAUUUUGGUUUCAAACCUCACGAUAUCUAUCUUAUUUCUCUUCAGGUUUCUGCACUCAAAAAUUCAAGAAUUGCUUUCCCCCAAUAAGGAGGGGUAAAGUGAGUUAUGUCUUGAACUUGGAGCUGGCUCUUCUGGAGCCAGACACCAUGUGCCCAUUCUCUUGGGUUCUAGAUUUCACUACCUCCAUCAUACCCAGGUUUUAGAUUAUGCAAACUCUAGACCUUGAAACUUCCAAGAUGCUCUGUUCUCAGAUGACCUGAUAAUCUGCCUAUUACUGAGCUUCAAAUAUCAAGCCAGAGGGUAGUCGUGCACACCUUUAAUCCCAGCACUUGGGUAGCAGAGGCAGGUGGUUCUCUUUGAGUACAGCCUGGUCUAUAGAGCAAGUUCCAGGACAGCCAGGGCUACACAGAGAAACCCUGUCUUGGAAAAACAAACCAAAAAGAAAAAAAAUACUUCCUGGGGUCUGUUACUGUUUUGAGACAGUGUCUCAAAACCCACUGACCAUUAUUUUACUGUGUAGUCAGGGAUGACUCAUGAUACUCCUUCACCCACCUCCCAAGUGCUGGGAUUACAUGCAUGCCUAGUUUUAUGUGGUACUGAAGAUUGAACCCAGAGCCUCAUGCAUGCUAGGCAAGUACUCUACCAACUGAGCUACACUCAGCCUCUGUAAAUGUCUUCUUAUUCUAGACCUUGUCCCGUGAGCUCCUUUGGUUCUAGAUCCCACAAUUACUAAAACCCCCUUGCUUCAGAUCUUAUGACUUAAAUUUCCCUGAAUCUAGAGCACAUCUUGGAAAUAUCAGUUGAUAAUGUCUUGCCUUAUGUAUUUCUCUAGUUCUAAACCUUAGAACCCUGUCUCUUUCUAAUUCUAGAUAGUAAGAUCCCCAAAAUCCCUGUGGAUUCUAGAACUUAGUUUUUAGGCUUUUUU